AUGGCGCAUCGCCCGACCGUCAAAACGACCUACGCACAAAGCCGAACAAUACAACCAAUAUAUACUGGUGGUAGUAUAGAUCUCAAUGAGGAAGGUAGCAUUCUUGCGACAUGCUUGGGAGAAGAUGUUCUUAUUACGAACCUUAGUUCAGGUCAGGAGCUUGCACGUAUUGAAGGCGACGGUGAGGUAAUAACCAGCCUCGUAUUGACGCCAAAGUCAACGCAAUUGAUCAUAUGUUCACGAUCCUUAUCCAUGCGGAUAUACUCACUGCGCAAAGAUGAGUCCCUUGAGGAGAGACUUGUCGCAGAACUCAAAUACACACUCAAACCACAUACAGCUCCUGUUGUUACUACUGCUGUGAAUCGGCAUGGAUCGCACCUUGCUACAGGUGGUGCAGAUGGAAUUGUGAAGAUAUGGGACAUUCAAGGAGGGUUCAAUACACAUAACUUUCACGGUCAUGGAGGUUUAGUCACUGCACUACACUUCUUUGAGGUUGAAUCGCCAGCGGUCGGGACGGAGAAGACAUCCGAUAAGCGAAGGAAGACUCUGGAUGAGCAAGCUGGUAUUCGACUUGCUUCAGGAGCAGAGGAUGGAAAGAUAAGAAUCUGGAACCUGUCAGAAAAGUCUAAAGCAUCAAGUGUGGCGACACUUGAUUCUCAUGUAACGGUUGUGAGGAGCAUUGACUUCUCACCGGAAGAGAAUGCACUCGUGUCCGCAAGUCGCGACAAGACAAUGGUUGUUUGGGAUGCCAGAACAUGGAAACCCAGGAUCACGGUUCCAAUACUGGAAAGUCUCGAAGCUGUUGGAUUCAUGCAAGCUGGAACAGUGGUCUAUACUGGAGGCGAGAACGGGCAUGUCCGACUGUGGGCUACAGAUGGCGGGCGCGAAUUGACGGGAGCUCAAGAGCCCUGUUCCGAGACCGAUGCUAUUGUCAAUAUCCUGCACCGGCAAGAUGUUGUACUCUCUGUGCAUGCAGAUCAAACAUUGGUUCUCCUGUCCAAGGCUUCACUAGCCCAACUUGACAGAAGUAAAAUGAUAAAGCCUCUAGAAGUCAUCAGAAGGAUAUCUGGAACGCACGAUGAAGUCAUUGAUCUUGCGUAUGUAGGAAAAGAUCGGUCAUGUCUAGCUCUUGCGACUAACCUUGAGGAUAUUCGAAUCAUAUCGGUAGCCGAACCAGGGAAGUCAAACACACAGCAUGAUAGCUUACAUUUUGGAUCAGACAUUGCGCUCUUGAAGGGACACGAGGACAUCAUUAUAUGCCUUGAUGUUGACUGGUCUGGGCACUGGCUAGCAACAGGGGCAAAAGACAAUACAGCUCGACUUUGGCGACUCGACCCUCAGGGAAAAUCGUUCACUUGUUAUGCAACGUUUACCGGCCAUGCUGAAUCGCUUGGAGCCAUAGCAUUACCACACACAGUUCCGGCUAUAAGCUCUCAGGCAUACUCACACCCGCUCGAGCACCCACCGUCUUUUCUGAUAACUGGCUCUCAAGACAAGACUGUCAAGCGAUGGGAUGUGUCCAAGUCAGAUAACAGCAAGUCUUCACGAGCAGUAUAUACACGUAAAGCGCACGACAAAGACAUCAACGCCUUGGAUACGUCUCCGAACGAUUGUCUGUUCGCCUCAGCAUCUCAGGACCGGACAGUCAAGAUCUGGGACACAGAGUCAGGAGAAACUAUUGGUGUCCUUCGAGGCCAUCGACGAGGUGUUUGGACUGUCAAAUUUGCGCCCACCGGUAUACCAUCCAUCGAAGGAGGCGGGACGCGUGGAGUGAUAGCCACAGGCAGUGGAGAUAAGACUGUCAAAAUUUGGAGCCUAGAAAAUUACAACUGUCUACAUACCUUUGAAGGCCACUCGAACAGCGUAUUGAAGGUGAUUUGGCUACCUAUCAAGGUAAUUGAUGCGCGAGACAGACGAGGAGCACAAGUAGCAUCGGCAGCUGGUGAUGGUCUUGUCAAAAUAUGGGAUACUCAAUCAGGAGAAGAGGAAUGCACGUUGGACAACCACAUUGAUCGCGUAUGGGCUCUUACUGUGAACCCAGAGACCAAUGUUGUUGCAUCUGGUGCCGCAGAUAGUGUCAUCACGUUCUGGAACGACACAACCAGCACAACAGUAUCAGAAGCUGUGACCCGUGCGACAGAACGCGUCGAGCAAGAUCAAAAAUUACAGAACCUGAUACACUCCUCGAACUACCGGGAAGCCAUCGUCCUCGCACUUCAGCUCAAUCACCCAGCACGCCUAUUCUCUUUGUUUCAAUCAGUUGUGGAGUCCGACCCUCACGAUGAAGGCUCUAUGUCUGGUCGUCUUGCAGUAGACGAGGUGCUUGGGUCACUAGCGGAUGAACAGUUAUUUCACUUACUCAUGAGACUGCGCGACUGGAAUGCAAGCGCUAAGACAUGCCAGGUUGCCCAGCGCAUAUUGUGGACAAUUGUCAGAACCUAUGAUGCAGAAAGACUUGCUAGCAUUAGGAGCAGAACUAAGGGAAGGGAACAAGUACAGAUGAGAGAUCUGCUUGAUGGCAUAAAAGCGUAUACCGAGAGACAUUUCAAACGUCUGGAAGAGAUGAUAGACGAAAGCUUCCUCGUGGACUUUACCUUGGCGCAAAUGGAUGGCUUGGGUCUUGUGAGGAACGUCAUUAAAGGAAAUUCUGACAGCGCAGGAAACCCGAGUGGCGUUGACGAUAUAAUCAUGGUUGAAUAA